AAAACACCUAUGAUUAAUUAAAAAAUUCCUCAUCUUUAAAAAAUUAAAACCAAGAUAAGACACAUUCUUAGUUUCAAUCAAACAAAUUACUCCAAAAAUUAAAAAAAAACCGCAAAUUCCAUUUCCCCUGUUUACUCCCUACACCAUUUCCAGAAAUCGAGGAGAGAGAAAUCGGAGAAGAAGGGUUAGGAAAAAGCUUGAAUUGCAAUACAAAAAUGGCGGAUUCAUCAAAAAUCCCCCAAAUUGAUGAAACCCUAACUUUAAUUCCAACCCUUCCAAACGAUCUCUCUGCUUUAAUCCUUUCUUUCAUACCAUACCCUUUUCAUGGCCGAUUGAAAUCAAUUUGUAAAUCAUGGCGUAAUUUCUACUCAUCAAAAACCCCAAUUUCUCUCCGCCAUAAUCAUCUUCCUCUUUCUUCACUCUCUCACCUCCUCUGUCUUUUUCCAGAAGACCCUUCUCUCUCUUCCCCUUAUCUCUUUGACCCGACCCAUUUAGCUUGGGCCCAACUUCCUCCCAUGCCCAUUAACCCGCAUGUUUACUCGCUCUCUAACUUUGCUUCUCUUGCGAUUGGGCCGAAUUUGUAUGUUUUGGGCGGGUCACUGUUUGAUACCCGGUCUUUCCCGAUUGAUCGGCCCAUUGCUUCUGCGUCUGUUUUCCGGUUCGAUUUGGCGGUUGGGAUGUGGGUCCCACUCGCACCCAUGAUCACCCCACGUGGGUCUCUUGCGGCGGCGGCGGUGGCGCGUGGGAGGAUUGUGGUGGCGGGAGGUGGGUCAAGGCAUGCGAUGUUCGGGGCAUCCGGGUCUCGGGUCGGGUUUGCUGAGGUGUAUGAUGUUGAGAGGGAUGAGUGGGCCCCGCUUGCUGACCUUCCCGGGUCACGGGCCGGGUGUGUUGGGUUUAGUGUGGGUGGUGGGAGGGAGUUUUGGGUGAUGGGUGGGUACGGCGAGGCGAGGACGAUUAAUGGUGUUUUGCCGGUGGAUGAGUAUUAUAAGGAUGUGGUGGUGUUGGAAUUGGAAAAUGGUGGUGGUGGAUUGGAGCCAGGGGCGGGGCGGUGGAGGGAGGUUGGAAAUAUGUGGGGGGAUGAGGAGAGAGCUAGGCUUGGAAAGGUUGUAGUGAUUGAUGAUGAGGAGGAAGGAGGUAAGAAAUUGCCUAGGGUGUUUAUGCUUGAUGGGGAUGACAUUUUCAGAUAUAACAUGGCAUCAAAUCGGUGGUUAAAAGAAUCAACUGUUCCAAGAAAAACUCAGGAUGGAUCACCAUUUGGCUUCAUUGCUCUUCGAGGAGAGCUCCAUGUGAUCUCCCUCCUCCAGGGAGUUGAAUUGUCAGCAAUCCGAAGAUCAAGGCAUCGCAGAAGGGGCACUAUCCUGUUCAUGCAAAUUUACGACCCCAGAAAAAUGUCAUGGAGAUCUCUCAUAACCAGGACACCUUUCCAAUUUCCGCUAGAUUUCAAAACUGCAGUUAUGUGCACAGUUCGUGUGUAGUAUACAUUUACUUUUUUAAAUUGAAUAUGGUUGACAGUAUAGUCAACAAGCAAAUCCAUUUCUAUGUACAGUAUAUAUAGUUCACUGAUUUAUAUAACUUUGUACCAUUAGUGUGUUGAUUAGUUCAUACAUGUCAUUGUACAGUUUCAUGAGAUAUUGGAAAAUAAUAUUCUUAAAACAAUA